UUAUGUGACGGCACUCAGUGUUAUCUCCUUUGCUGCCAACAUAAAGGCUCACGCAUGCAUAGCUAGCGAGCUUUAAUAUUUUGAUUUUCGACAAUAAAUUCAUAUUCUCGAACCACAGUUUAAAAUAGUUUUAAAAUUAAAAGGGUUUUUAAAAAAGUUUGUGUAGGGCAGAGGUAAUGAAAUAGGCGCUAAAUAAAGAAAACAGUGUACAUACAUUAGUGUGUCCAUUUAGAAACCACACUAAUGUUUGGACUCGCAUGUGUAACUCUCACACGCCGCUGACCCACCCCCAUACCCAUUCUCACAGCGUCAUGGGUCACUAUGGAAACGGCAGUGAACACAAACGGCUCGUGACGAGCGGGCUGCAGUCUGGGUGUUCGCCUCUGUUUUUUGUUUCUAUGACACAAAUAUGGAAAAGUACGAGAUGGUCUUGCGGUUGGGCAGCGGAGGAGCGGCAGACGUGUUUCUCAUGAGACACGUGGAGCGGAAGUGCCUGUACGCGGUGAAGAGGAUAAAGGCGGAGACCACGAAGAGGGCAAAAACGCAGAGGGCCAUUCUCCAGGAAGCAGAAAUUAUCAAAAGGCUGGAGCAUCCUCACAUUGUGAAAUGCAGCGAGGCCUUUGUGAACUCCGACGAUGGGUUCGUUUACAUUGUGAUGAGCUACUGCGAUGGAGGGACUUUGGAUGACAGAGUAAAGGAGAGGAAACCAGGGGAGUUCUUCACAGAGCACAAUGUGAUGGGCUGGUUUGUCCAGGUCGCUAUGGCUGUAAAUUACAUACACACAGCUAAAAUACUUCACAGGGACAUCAAACCCUCUAAUGUGCUGCUGACAAAGCAAGGUGUGGUAAAGUUAGGGGAUUUUGGCAUAUCCAGAAUAAUGACUAACACAGCCGAUAUGGCUUCCACAUGUGUUGGGACACCCAGCUACCUAAGUCCCGAGCUUUGCCAGGACAUCCCGUACAGCUGCAAGUCCGACAUCUGGGCUCUUGGUUGUCUCCUGUAUGAGCUCUGUGCUCUCAGGCCUGCUUUUGCAGCCACAAAUCUCCUGAGUCUGUUCAAUAAGAUCACCAAAGGAGAGUACCACCCGGUGCCUGACUUGUUCUCAGAUAGUAUUUCCUCAUUAAUCCAGAGCAUGCUCAACCUCAAUCCGGACAACAGGCCCAGUGCUGCUUGUAUACUUAGCAGUGCCUAUGUGCGAGAUCACCUGCAAUCUAUCAAAGACACAGAGACAGACUGCUGCACGCCUGUGGCUCACAUUAAUUUGGAAGUUCAAAAAGAAGACAUCAACACAACACUUCAACCCUGUUUCGCCAGUCAGUCCUACUCUUGGGAAGAGAAAGAACAAAGUAUGGAGGUCAGUUUCUCCUCUGCCGAUGUAGAGGAGGAAGAUGAACAGAACCAAUGCCACUAUCCUGAGGAUUUUGAUGAUGAUGGAAGCUUGUCUUCUCUGGAGGGACAAAGUAAACAGUCUGGGUUGGCAAUGAGGAGCAAUUCUGCUGAGUCCAUUGAGAUCCCUGACACUUCAGAACAAGUUGACUAUCCAGAUGACUUCGAGGAAAUUGAGGACAAGGACGAUCAUGAAGGAGACUGUGUGCGUGCUGAUGCUGCUCAGCAGCCACACGAUGAAGCUCUGGUGGAAGAGUUUCAGCUCUGCGAUGCUGGAGGUUUGACCAUUACACUGAAAGUGCUGAAGGAGAAGGGGAUGAAACACCAGCAAUGACUUCUGAAGGCUUUCCAAAAGCAGCAGUGGAUAUUUGGAUGUGGAUGUUAAACCUUGAUACACAACUUCCAAUAUCAGGCUUCCCAUCUGUAUCUGUAUUUGUAUCUUUAUUCCAUUACUUUCAAUGCUUUGUCUUUUGUGUUAUUACAUAAUAUAUGUGAAAUGACACGGCCUUUCUACCAGCCAUUUUUUAACCUCUGCUUCAUUAUAUGGCAUGCAUUUGUUCAGAGGAAGUAUGUGGUGCGCGAUGCUGGUCAUAAAGUUAACCACGAUAACAUAUGAGCGCAGAAAAUAUUGCAGAAAUUGCAGUUAUUUGAUCAAAUAUUUAGAUAUUUGAUGCCCCUAGAUAUAAUGGGUAAACUGCUUAGAAGUCAAAGGUCUGCAAAUAACAGAAGAACUGCCAGGAAACAUUGUUAUCAUCACUCGGUGCACGACUUUAAACUUGAUAGAUUGCAUUCAGGAUUCAAAAGGCCCCAUAGCGAACGUUAGAGCUCCUUAUCUUUCUGUGUUCAACUCAAUGAGCUGAUUGUUUUUUGCUAAAACUGACUAUGCCGCAAACCAGCAACUGACAUUUUUUUUUCCAUCACCGAAUCCACGCAAACUCCUGUGACGCACGCCAUUUACGUUAUUUGCAGAUUUUAAGGCGUUUUUUUCCUGUCAGUCACAAUUCUAAAGCAAUCAAGCAAUCAUGUUUACGUGUAAAUGCUCUUCACUCAUCUUACAUGUCAUUCGUAGCUUAGUCAUACUGGCAGCGAAAAGAAAAACAAAGUGUGAGCCAAAUAUGGCAGCAUAAAAAAAUUGGUGAAAAAAGGGCAA